AUGAUUUUCAUAGAAAUUAUUCUAGGACAACAAUAUCAAGUUGCAUUUCGUUCAGCUCAUAAUCAUCGUAUAAGUGCUCAUUCUGGUAGUACUGCAUAUAGUAGUAUGAGAAGUGAUUCAAUGAAUGUUGAUAGUGCUCUUUUUCUUCCAAGUAAUCAUUCAAGUAUGAUUUCUUUGGCUCAACAUCCAAGCGCAUCACCAUAUGAAUAUGAUUGUAUAUCAAAUGAUAAUAUCAAAUAUGAAACACGAAAUAAUAAUGCUUUAACAAUUCCAUCUCUUCAAACUUCUCAUAGUCCUGUUCGACGUUCAAAUGCAAGUUAUGAACAACUUCUUACACCACCACGUGUAAAUUCAACAACAAGUCAUUUAAGUUCAAUAUUAACCAAUGAAUUAUCACCGUCGAGUAGUUUAUGUGUUAGUGCAUUAUCAGGUGAUAUUCAACAAACAGCAAUAUCAAAUUCUAAUCCUAAAAUGACACAUAUACUUUAUUUUCUUCAAACACUUGAAUAUAAUCAACAUUUAGAUAAUGAAGAUAUUUAA